AUGGAGGAACAUCAUGAGAUCUCUCAGGUCCAUCCUCUGUAUUACCAGGACUACACCCAGAAACAUCAUGAGAUCCUUCAGGCCCAUCCUCUGAAGUCCCAAGAUUCCACCCAGGAACAUCAUGAGAUCCCUCAGGCCCGUCCUCUGCAUUACCAGGAGUCCACCCAGGAACAUCAUGAGAUCCCCCAGGUCCAUCCUCUGAAUUCCAGAGAUUCCACCCAGGAACAUCACAUGAUAAAGACACAGUUCGAAGACCUGAUUGUCAUCAAAGUUGAACCAACAGACGUCGAAGAGGAGGACGAGCUGUGUGAGAGGGGGAAGGGAGCAGACCAAAAAGUAUUGGCUUUUAUCACUGGGGGGCCAAGUGCCGAAAAUCUGAUUAUCAAAGUUGAAGUGAAGGAGGAAGCAGAAGAUCCGUAUGUGAGGGGAGAGGAGCCGUGUAAGGAGGAUGACGUCCCUCCAGAAAUCGGCACAGAUGGCCAAUACCGGUGGAUCAUCAUGGGGAAGCGAUCCGUUGCACCUCCGGAUGGAGAACCAGAAGAUGAUAUAGCAGCAGAUUCCUCACAAGAGAACCCCGUCCCCCAAGACAAGCAGCCGGGGAAGCGGAGAAACAGGAAGCCUAUCUCGUGCUCUGAGUGUGGGAAGUGUUUCAAGCGCAAUUCUCAGCUGGUCCCCCACCAGCGCUGGCACGCAGGCGAGAAGCCUUAUUCCUGCUCUGAGUGUGGAAAAGGUUACAGACAGAAGGACCAUCUCAUCCGGCACCAGAGAUCCCACUUGGGGGUGAAGCCCUAUUCAUGCUUGGAGUGUGGGAAGGGGUUCACAUUGAAACUCUCUCUGGACAGACACCAGGUGGUUCACUCAGGGGAGAAGCCGUAUUCUUGCCCCACGUGUGGGAAACGCUUCACCCAGAAGGCCUCUCUUGGUAGACACCAGGCUCUUCAUUCGGGUGAGAAGCCCUAUUCAUGUUCAGACUGUGGAAAGAGCUUCCGGCAGAAGUCAACGCUCAUUCAGCACCAGCAGAUCUCCUCGAAGGAGAAGCCUUUCUCCUGCCCUGACUGCGGGAAAUGUUUUGAGAAGAAGUCCAUUCUGAUUGGGCAUCAGAGAACCCAUACCGGAGAAAAGCCGUUUUCCUGUCCUGACUGUGGGAAAAGCUUUGCUCUGCGGUCGACUCUUCUCGUCCACCAGACCAUCCACACGGGCAACAAACCGCUGUCGUGUUCCCUGUGCGGGAAGGGCUUCCUGCACAAGUCCCGUCUUCUCCUCCAUCUGAGAGUCCACACGGGGGAGAGGCCUUUCUCCUGCUCAGAAUGUGGGAAGUGUUUCCUGCUGAGGUCCCGCCUGGUAGACCAUGAAAGGCGCCAUACAGGAGAGAAGCCCUACUCGUGCUCCGCGUGUGGGGAGAGUUUCUCGGAGAAGCAGCUGCUUGUCAUACACCAGAGGAAGCACGCCGACAAGAGCCAGAACUCCUGCAACAUCUGCGGUAGAUGCUUCACGCACAAGUCCUACCUGGUCAAACAUUGGAAGACCCACAGCGGGGAGAAGCCACACCCCUGCUCUGAAUGUGGGAAGAGCUUUGCGGAGAAGUCACAGCUAGACCGCCACCAGAACAUCCACACAGGCCAGAAGCCUUUCUCCUGCCCAGUGUGUGGGAAGAGCUUCCGGUGGAAGACCACCUUCAUCGACCACCAAGCCACACACACGGGAGAAAAGCCCUACUCCUGCGCCGAGUGCGGCAAACGCUUCACGCAGAAGACUCAGCUGGUCCGGCAUCGGAGGGUCCACACUGGGGAGAAACCUUUUGCUUGCUCGGAGUGCAGCAAGACUUUCAGGUGGAAGGCCGACAUGGCCUCUCACCAGGCGACACACAGAGGAGAGAAACCUUUCCCGUGUUCUGACUGUGGCAAGUGUUUCACCCAAAGAACCAAAGUCCUCUCGCACCGGACGACCCACACUGGUGAGAAGCCGUAUUUGUGUACCGAGUGCGGGAAGAACUUUUCCCAGAAGUCCCACCUCAUGAGCCACCAGACGAUCCACAGCGGCGAGAAGCCUUAUUCCUGCCCCACCUGCGGGAAAUCCUUCAGCCGCCAGGCCCACCUUGCCGACCACCAACGGACUCACGCCGGGGUGCGGCCGUACUCCUGCCCCGAGUGUGCAAAGUCUUUCUCUUCUAAGUCGAACCUACUGAGGCACCAAAAGAUCCACUCGGGGGAGAAGCCCUACUCCUGCUCCGAGUGCGGCAAAAGCUUCAUGGGCCGCUCGAACCUUGUGAGACACUGGAGGACCCACUCGGGGGAGAAGCCAUUUUCCUGCUCCGAGUGCAGAGCCUGCUUCACCAGCAAGUCGCACCUGGAGCGCCACGAGCGCAGGCACACGGGCGAGAAGCCUUAUUCCUGUUCCGACUGCGGCAAAAGCUUCGCCCACAAGCCCAACUUUCUCCUUCACCUGCGGGUCCACGCCAACGUGAAGCCAUUUUCCUGCGACGAGUGUGGGAGGAGCUUUGCCAAGAAGUGCAAUUUCUUGACGCACCAGAGGGUCCACACCAACCAGAAGCCGUUUUCCUGCGCCGAAUGCGGGAAGUGUUUUCCGUGGCGGUCGUCCCUGGUUUGUCACCGGAGAACGCACGGGGAUGAAUCGUCUUCGUGUUCUAAGUGCGGAAAGUGUUACAGCCGGAGGUCAAGCCUCCUCAGACACAUCCAGACCGUCCACUUGGGGGAGAAACCUUAUUCGUGCUCUGAAUGUGGCAAGUGCUUCGACCAGAACUCCAAUCUCAUCAAGCACCAGAGAGUCCACACGGGGGAAAAGCCGUUCUGCUGUUCGAUCUGCGGGAAGCGCUUCGGCGAAAAGUCGAACGUCGUGCUCCACGAAAGGACCCACACUGGAGAGAAGCCAUAUUCCUGCUUUGAAUGCGGCAAAUGCUUCGCCCAGAAAGCCUCCUUGGACUCCCACCAGAGGACUCACACAGGCGAGAAGCCGUUUUCCUGCCCCGAAUGUGGCAAGCACUUUACCAACAAGAGAACGCUCAUCAGCCACCGCAGGAUUCACUCGGGGGAGAAGCCCUAUGAAUGCUCCAUAUGUGGGAAGUGUUUCACCGACAAGUCAGACAUGGUGAAACAUAAGCGGAUCCAUACGGGUGACUACCCCUAUACUUGCUCCGAAUGUGGCAAAGGCUUCAUCGCCAGGUCCGUCUUUAUCAUACACGAAAAGAUGCACUCGGGCGAGAAGCCCUAUUCCUGCUCGGACUGCGGGAAAGGCUUCACCAAGAAACAGCAUCUCAUGGACCAUAUGAGACUUCACACGGGUGAGAAACCGUUUUGCUGUCUGGACUGCGGGAAGUUCUUUAGGCAGAAGUCGGGGCUGGCCAAGCAUCGGAGGAAAAUGCACAAGAUAGGAGUUGUCAUCAUCUGAGCUGUCAGUCUUCAUGACAGUUUGUGGUUCC